CCAGGAGACUUUUUCCAGGUGAAGCAGAUCAAGCGGAAGGCGGACGUCGCUCUCUCAGCUCUACGGCUCAACGCAAUGUAACUAAACUGUAAUAAAGUAAAACACUUUGUCUCAUUGGAAGUCUCAUGUCUCACCUGAGGACGGAUUAAGAGGAGACACACAGCUCAUGGCUGUGAUUGUAGUCGCCUUCAUAUUGGUGUGCACCGGGUCAUGGGACAAGAGUUUCUUCACUGUCGCUCAGACUUGUGUGGAUGAAAGCAAGUUUAAGGAACAGGUGCUCUACGUGGGGCAGCAGGAGCCUCCAUAUCGGCUGAACUGCCCUCUAGAACCUUUUCAGUCUCGGAUGACCUGGCAGAAGGACUGUCAGGAGCUCCACAAUCAGGUGGGGAAGACCUACCUGGAGUUUGCCAACCUCAACUUGGAAGACCAAGGGAAUUACACCUGUGUGCAACAAGGCAACAGCACAAGCACAGCCUCCUUCACUGUGCGUCUCAUAGUUAAGGAGUCUCAGUGCUCCAAAGCCCCAGAAUUUAUACCUAAUGGAGGCCUGAACAGACUGUGGGGGAAGGUGGGAUCCACUGUGAAACUGAACUGCACUGCUCUCCUCCUCUGGGACCAAAAUGAGAAGCAAUGUGACACCACACUGCAGUGGAGCAAAGAUGGCCAACCCCUCACCAACCUCACACUUCACAGGCAGAAUACCUCUUCAUGGUCUCCUGCUGCUGGCCAGCUGAUGGUAAACAAUCUGCUGCUGAUUACACUCAGGGAGCUUGAAGAUUUUGGGCUCUACAGCUGCACAGUGAGGAAUGUUUCAACUGACUUCAGCCUACAGAGUUCAAACGGACCCAGCCACACAGCUGCUGUUAUUGCAGCCAUUGUCCUUCUCCUCUUCCUCGCUCUAGCUGCUGUCAUAUACUCCAGGUGUCACCUGAACAUCAAACUCUGGUACAGGAACUCCUACGGAGACUAUGAGCUCAAUGAUGGUAAAUUAUAUGAUGCCUACAUCUCCUUUGUGAACAAUGACUAUGACAGGAAGUUAGUCAACUUUAUUCUCAAACCUCACCUAGAAAAUAAAAAUGGGUACAAGGUGCAUCUCAAUGACAAUGACAUCCUUCCUGGUGGUGAACCUUCUGCAGAACUGCUAAUGAACAUGAGUCGUUCUCGGCGUCUCAUCGUGUUGCUCUCCCAUGCUUACCUCGAGCAGGACUGGUGCUCCAGUAACUUCAGACAGGGCCUUCUGCACCUAUUGGAGUUAAGUCAGCGGCCCAUCCUUAUCAUGUUGGAGGGUCAGUCCAAACGCAUGGGGCCUGAGAUAAAGCAGCAGCUCAGUGAGCACCAGCACUGCCUCACUAUACUCACCUGGAGACACAACUCUGUGACUCCCUCCUCAGUUUUUUGGAAGGAGCUGGCCUUGGCAAUGCCUCGCAGGCUCGACUUCCACAGAGAGCAUGCAGGCGACCCACAGACUGUGCUGCAAGAUGACAAAGACCCCAUGCUGACCCUUGAACCCGACUACCUGGACUGCCGCUCAGACACUGACCCCGCGGGAGAUCUGGGACUUCGCCUCCCUGUGUACAAGGCUCGGGCCUGUAAAGCUCCUGUCCUUCCUGCUGCUCCCAUCGCAGCCCCUGAGCCCAAACCCUCAGACAUCGACGUGUCGGACUUGGGAUCCCGCAAUUAUGGAGCUCGCUCAGACUUCUACUGUCUGGUCACCGAGGACAUUUGAGCCCCACUCGCUGCACUUGUGUUGCUCUUUAAAAAUGACCACCUACAUGGACAUCCCCACUAACGUUGCUCUGUAUUUAUCUGUGUUAAGUAUCUAAAUAUGUUUGCUUCUGUUUUCUUUCUCUUACAGCGUGUUGUUAAAAUCUAAAUGUUAACUUUUUGUAUUUCAAUUGACCAAAGACUGAUUUUUGAUGUUUUUGUAUUUUGUGCUGAUAUGUAAAAUAUUUUAUGGGAAAUUUUACAAAAAAUUAUCUGAAAUGUUUGUUAAUUAGAGAAAGAAGUCACUUACAGUAUAUAGUAUAUGAUCUCACAGCAGUCUCCCAGCAGAGGGCAGAGUAAAAUCAGAUAACAUGAAGGAAUCCUGCUUUUUUUUAAGCGGUUUGUUCGCUUGUUUGUUUGUUCGUUCAUUUGGCAGCUCACAGUACACAGAUGGUUUGGAAUGACAGAGAAAAUACACAACACAGUCCUAAAGUCUAAUCUGAACCUUGAAAACUUGUUUGCAGUCCAGUCAUCUGAAGCAGCAGUAUGCCCCAGACUGAAGAGCUCACAGUUCUUGGCAUUUCUUGUGUGAUGAAAACCGACUGAUAACAAGGUGGCGGUCAUGCUAAUAAAACACUUUGACAAAAUACCAGACCGUUUCUCCCUGUAAGGACGGAUGAUCUCUGUCCUCAUGGAGUAAUGAUUACCUGCAGUGAAAUAAGAGCACAAAUAAGGGUGCAGUAGGGAAGGUUGGGCAUUGUUCCUGUCUGAGCAGGAGCAAAUAUGUAAACAGGGAGCGGCCAACUUUUUACUAUGCUAGUGUCAGUCCGCAGUCACACAACAACAAAUGCUGCAGCACACACACGAAAAAUGCUUAUAGAAUGACAUUUCAUUUCCACAUCCGUCGCUUUAUUAGCUGAAAAAUAUCCAGAUGAUACAUCUGCCUGUAUACAACACAAAAGCUAAUAUGAAAAGUCAGUGUUUUUAAACACCCACACAGACACACAACUACCAUUUAUGUUACAAUUCAGUAAUUUUUUAAUUGAACUGUUUGAAUACUAACAAGUUACACAGGUAGAUUUACAAUAUUCAACUCGCCAGUCUAUAUGAGUUCAAUCUGGUCACAACAGUGUUAAAUUUUGCAACUGGUCUCAAACACUAAACAAAUAUUGUAAUAUAUUUUCUGAAAACAAAGUCAGGACCAUAUCCUUUCACCUCUGUGUUUCACACUCACACUACAACAAUGGCAUGUUAAAAAAAAAAAACAAACAAACAGACACAACAGUACUUUAUGAGUUCUCUUUGACAAAGUGAUU